CAAAGUCGGUUUGGUUUAUGCCGCGUCCAGCAACUCUCUCUCUCUCUCGUUCUUCUCCAAAAACAAACGAAAAGAGAUGAGGGCCUCUUCAUCCGCUUAUUCUUGUCUUCAACUUCUCUCCUCCUCGUUCUCGCAUUGAUCACCUUGUCUCCUUCUCUCUUAGUCUUCGCCGCCCUUCCUCUCGUCCUCUCCAAUACCAAACCCUUCUCUGAUCUGGCCCGCGAGCCACGUUCUUAAAAACCCUGAAAUCAAGAAUCGUUCCAUGGCCUUGAUCGGCGUCGAGCUCGAUGAGUUGUCCUUUGGAGAUUGACGGAUCGGUCUGAUCGAUCCGAUCUACCGCCAUGUUCGAGGCGCACGUUUUGUUUUUGCUUCGGAAAUAUCUGGGAGAGUAUGUUGAGGGACUUUCUAAUGAAGCUCUUAGAAUCAGUGUUUGGAAAGGUGAUGUUGUACUGAAGGACUUGAAAUUGAAAGCUGAGGCUCUAAAUAAUUUAAAGCUUCCAGUCACUGUCAAAGCUGGUUUUGUUGGUACGAUAACUUUAAAGGUACCAUGGAAAAGUCUUGGGAAAGAACCUGUUGUUGUUCUUAUUGACCGUGUGUUUCUUCUUGCACAUCCUGCUCCUGAUGGACAAUCCCUCAAGGAUGAAGAUAGAGAGAGACUUUUUGAAGCAAAACUCCAGCAGAUUGAGGAGGCAGAAUUGGCAAUCAUUGAGGCAAGAAGGACAAAAGCAGGAGCUCCACCAGUUGGAAAUUCAUGGUUGGGCUCUCUUAUUGCCACUAUAAUUGGCAAUCUUAAAGUCUCCAUUAGCAAUGUUCAUAUCAGAUAUGAAGAUUCAAUCAGCAAUCCAGGACACCCAUUUUGUUGUGGUGUGACACUGUCAAAGCUUGCAGCUGUCACAACAGAUGAGUUGGGUAAUGAAACCUUUGAUGCUAGUGGAGCUUUGGACAAGCUACGAAAGUCUGUUCAACUUCAGCGACUAGCUGCUUAUCAUGAUUCUGAUAGCACCCCAUGGAAACCAAACAAGAAAUGGGAAGACUUGAAUCCUACCGAGUGGGCAGAGAUAUUUCAAGAUGGAAUCGAUGAACUUAGAAGUGGAAGGGAUUCCAUAUGGGCAAUGAAUCGAAGGUACUUGGUAUCCCCAAUAAAUGGAGUUCUCAUCUAUCAUCGAUUGGGAAAACAAGAAAGACAUAAUGCUGAUAUUCCUUUCGAGAGGGCUUUACUUGUUCUUAGUGAUGUAUCUCUAACAGUUUCUGAGGAACAAUACUACGAUGCCAAGGAAACCAUGAAACAUUUUCUAGAUACAAGACACUUCUGUGGAAGCAUCAUGUACUUGAGACCUGUUGUACUUAGUUUAAACAUUCUAAUGCAUGGUGGCAUUAUGCUAUGUUGGCUGGGCUGCAACAGAAGAAAAUGUGAUUUGCCUCUUCUUCAUCUUCAGGCAUUGAUGGUGGAGACACCCUUCCUCCAGGGAUACCCAAGUGAUGUCGAGGAGCUUGUACAAUCAGCUUCUUUCACAAUAUUCUGGAAAAUCAGCCUUCCCAGAUUGAACUUCUUGCCAGUACCAACAGCAAACAAUAAAAGUGCGAGCUCCUUCACUAUGCUAGAAUUGUGCGGGGCUGGUAACCAAUUCUGA